AUGAUUGGAGGCGAAUGUGUGAAGCGUCGGCUGAUGUGUGAUGGAUUCCCUGAUUGUGAAAACGGAGCGGAUGAGAAUCCAAAGAUGUUGUGCAAAUAUCCUGACCUCAGCGGUAGAAUUCCAGUCCUCUCGUCCGAUGUUGUAUAUACUUUCCUUGGAAUAUCUAUACUUAACUAUGCGCUUUGUGGCAGCGGUCGACUGGACACGACUUCUUCGGUUCAUCAGCUGCGUGGUUCUGGAAUGGCGGAGGCAAGCAUUCUCUUACCUCCUCAUGCACAAACUGGAACCCAAGUUGAGGUGGCCUUACGGACCUACUCAGUGGUCACAUCCACGAAUUCGUCGUAUCCGGCUUUACCUCCACCUAAUUCGACGAGAUCACUCAGCCACUCCAGUGGCUCGCGUAAUCGAUCAGACGUGAAAGACAUUCCGCUGAACCGAUUCUACGCUCCUCCACCAAGUGCAGCAAGUUUGUCCACGUAUGGGGUAGUGAAGCCAGCAGAAGCUAGAGGAUCCUGCAAUGUCGACGUCAGUGGCUGGGCUGAUGAGCUGUCGUCCACAGAUGAGUUCUACUCCGAAAUCUCGUCACGGAUCCACACCACAGUUGUCGAGACGUCUGGGUGUGACCCCUCGAGGCACACCGUCGCGUCUAUCGAGUGCCGAGUACUUGGAAGCUCCUCAUCGAACAAUUUCCUCAAGUUCACUCUCUAG